GCGGGGGCGCGGGCAGGGCACCAGCAAGGCCGAAUCCCAGGAAGAAACCAACCAGCCCAGCCGCGCGCCACCGUCUCCUUCCUCAGUCUUCCCUCCCCCUCCUAUAAAUACGCGCCACCGCGUAAACAGCCAAGAAAAAGUAAAAGGGAGGAGGAAAAAAAAGAGAAGGAAGCAGAGCCAACAGGGAAGGGAAGGGGUCCAGGGCCGGCGGGGCGACGAUGGAGAGGACCGGCGGUGGCGGUGGCGGCCGCGGGGACGAGAUGAUGAUGACCUCGGGCGCGACGGGCCGGAUCGUGCCGGUGUUCCGCUCCGUGCUGUCGCGGCGCGCGCUGCUCCGCGUCGCCGUCGCGCUGCACUCGCUCUUCCUCUGGCUGCUUCUCCUCGCCCGAGGCCUCCGCCUGCGCCGGGCGGGGUCCGAGACCUCCGCGUCGGCGUUGGAGGCGGGAGCGGGGGGCGGGUCCUGGAACGCAAGGCGGCGGCGGCGGCUGCAGGCCGCGGAGGAGGAGGACGUGCGCCGCCGCAGGGCGCUCGCGGAGGAGGUGCCGAUGGAAGAGGUGGACCGGGGCACCAGGUGGGCAACGUUCCUCGUCACCGGGGCCAGGAGGAACGCGCUCUUCUGCCGCCUCUGGGCGCCGGCCGCCGACGAGAUGAGGGGCAUUUUGGUCAUUAUACAUGGGCUGAAUGAGCACAGUGGAAGGUACUUGCACUUUGCUGAGCAGCUGACAGCAUGUGGUUUUGGAGUGUACGCAAUGGAUUGGAUAGGGCAUGGUGGAAGUGAUGGCCUGCACGGCUAUGUGCCUUCACUAGAUUACGUUAUCGAAGACAUUGAAGUGCUUCUUGACAAAAUUAUGAUGGAGAAUCCAGGGGUCCCUUGUUUCCUCCUCGGUCACUCCACUGGAGGGGCCGUAGUCCUGAAGGCAUCUCUGUACCCUCAUAUCAGAGAGAAACUGGAAGGCAUCGUUCUGACAUCACCCGCGCUGCGUGUGAAGCCUGCUCAUCCUAUUGUUGGGGCUGUGGCGCCCAUCUUCUCUCUGGUGGCACCCAAGUUCCAGUUCAAAGGCGCCAACAAGAGGGGCAUCCCUGUCUCCCGCGACCCUGCGGCGCUGCUGGCCAAGUACUCGGACCCACUGGUGUACACGGGGCCGAUCAGGGUGCGGACGGGGCACGAGAUCCUUCGCAUGUCCUCGUACCUGCUGCACAGCCUGAAGAAGGUGACCGUCCCGUUCAUGGUGCUGCACGGCACCGCUGACCGGGUGACGGACCCGCUGGCGUCGCGGGAGCUCUACGGCGCGGCGGCGUCCAUGCACAAGGAGCUGCGGCUGUACGACGGAUUCUUGCACGACUUGCUCUUCGAGCCCGAGCGCGACGAGGUCGGCGCCGAGAUCAUCGGCUGGAUGGACGGGAUGCUCCGGCUCCGGCGGCAGACCGGAUGAAUGGCCGGCCGCAAGGGAGCAAGGGCAAAGGUGGGGUUGUGUUGUGUCUCGGUUCUUGAUGGUGUCUCUUCAAGGUAGUAUCUAUAGAUUUGUGUACGGAGAUGGAUACAUUUGUGUUCUGUAACUACAGUACGUGUCUAUCUAUCUAAAUAACAGCGCGAAGAGGAGUAUGGAUUGUUUGUUUUGGUGUCA